AGCGAUUUCCCAAGUGAAGUUCUCGCCGGUCGGUUUGCUGUUCUGGCGUGCGAUCGAUACGGGGUGUUGAAAGGAGCCGGCGGCCGGAGCCGCUCCGGGCGGCCGCGGGGCCGGCAGUCGAAGCCGGGGGCGGCAGAAGCGGGCAAGCGCCGGCCGUGUCGGCCGACCACGGAGGGGAGAGGAGGGGGGACGGGUGCGGGGGUGCGUCCUCCGGGCGCGAAGUGCUGCAGAAGUACCGGGAGAGGCGAUCGCUGGCAGGCUUGGCUGAAAAUCUCUAGAUAGUGGCAUGGAAUGAAGCUCCCUCCAGUCACCUGCCGCAAGACACAUUAUCCAGCUUCCUAACCUUAAGGAUGAGACCCUAUCAAUAUUGCCUCUGCUUUUGUGAUCAGGGUAGUAGUGCAAUAUUGCUUAUAGGGUCUUUUCUUUUGAGGGUUAUUCUUCACGGAGAGAAGAAAGCCACAGCAGGAAAAAAAUAAUCCCAUGUGCCCAUCGAGUUAAGGGAAAAGUUGUGAAAUGCCGAGCGUUGUUAGAUAGGCAAGUAAUUGUGCGGAGAUGUUAUUUGUGACAAAUAAUCGUGCUAUUGUGGUGACUCAGGUUGCGAGUAAUGGGCGUAUUUUCGAUGCUAUCACACAGGAUUCAAAACGGCCUCCUGUUUAAAAUGCACAAGCGGUGAUUGAAACCGGAGAAACCCAUCACGGCUCCAUUUUAAAAUAGUACGAGUCCCGAGAUGUUUGAAGGGUGCCUAUUUUACAUAAUGAUGUAAACACCCACCUAGGGAUGGGAGGAGAUACAUAGCCACACUUGCCGUUUCUGUGCCUGAUCCCAGCCCGAAAACCAGUGCGAUGCGAAGCAGAGCACAGCACAAAGAGGCAGAGGCUCUCAUCCCAAUAACCUCCUCGAAACAAAGCUCAUGCCUCUGCCUGGCGAGCACGGCCCGCCAGCUACAGCGCCGGGCUCCGCGGCCGGGCCGGGCCGGGCCCUGCCGCCCCGGGGGCCGUUCCGGGGUCGGGCACUGCCUCCGGCCCUUCCCGAGAGCUGUUCACCGAGGUACGUGGGAACGGAGCAGGGAUGGGUGUGUUAAAUCUCCUCUCCGCUUUGUGAGGGAUCAGCUGGGGGCUGACAGCAGCCGGGACGGCCGAGUGGGUGGCCCUGCCUUCCAUUUCAGGUGGUCCCCGCGGUCCCUUUCGGGACCUCAGGGGCCCAGGGAAAGGGAUGGUGGGAGGGGACUGGGGGCCGGAUCAGGGCGCGGCGGAGCAGCCGCCGCCGCCGCCGCCGCCGCGGGGCUUUCCGAGCCGGUCCCCGGGCGACGCGGGGCCGCUGCGGCGCGUCUGCCCGCGGCGGCCGGGCUGGGCUCGCCUCGCCGCCCCGGGGCCGUGCGGGGGAGGGCCCGGAGCCCUGCGAGGGGACCGUACCCGCUGCCUCCCCGUUGUCCGGCUGAACCUGCCGCUGCCCUCGGUUUAACCCACCCACCCCCCCAGCAUCAUUCCGGGGGGAGGCGGCCAGCUCGGGGACAAAGCCAGGACACCACCACCACCACCCCCCCCCCCUCCCCGGGCUCUCCCUCCGUGCCCGCAGCCCGGCGGCCGGGCUGCAGGCCGAGGGGCGGCUGCUGGGCCAGCGCUGGGACCACCGGGCGGGCUGCCCCUCUUUCCCUGUUGCACUACUGUCACGGUCGCAGCGAGCAGUGCAAUAAUGAAAGGGCGUCAGUGCGCCGGGGAGCGGCGAGAGCCGGGGACGAGCCGGUGACAGCGUGCGGGGACGGGACGUCCCGCCGCCCCCCCCCGCCGAGAGCCACCUUAACGGGUGGGGGGGAGGGGGGCUUUGGUUGUGCAACUUUCUUUGUUUAAACACGCAGCGGCGGAGAGCGUGUGCGCAGGGGCAGGGCAAGGUGAGCGGCUCCGCGCACCGCCCUGCCCCGGGCCCGCGGCGACCGCCGGCCCCGGCUGCGCUACCCCCCCACACAGACACAGCCCCCCAGCCCCGGCUGGCCGCGGAACGUGGGGCAGGACACCCCUCCGCUGUACCCGGCCCACACCAAAUAAAUAAAAGUGACUCCCAC